AUGGAAGUAACUCCCUUCUUACAGCGGUUAGGCCAAGGCCCGCAGAUCGUUGCAGUAACAGCGAUUACCCUCCUCGUUCUAACAUCGAUCAUAAUCUACGGGUGUUACCUACACCCACUUGCUCAUGUCCCGGGUCCGUUCUUGGCAAAAUUUUCUCCAUUAUGGGGUAUGAGAGCCCUCUACCGUAUGAAAUUCAAUUCAGAACUUCAAGCUCUCCAUGAACGAUAUGGCAAGAACCCCCAAAGCUUGUGCCACUGGAUGUCUUUUGCGACUUUUGAGGCAGAAACAGCGAUAUAUGCAAAGCAAGAGGAUGGUCGCUUUUCUAAGGCUGGAACCUUCUUGACACUCUUCUCGGAUCUCGUGUUGAAUGCCCCUACUCUUAUCACGAUUCCGGAUCCAGCGCUUCACAAGAGGUUGCACAAAGUGAUUCAACAGGCUUUCACACCUCAAGCACUUGCAAGCCAAGAGCCGAUCCAGAAACUGCACAUCGAACAAGCGAUUCCCGGUUUUGAUGAGAUUGCUGCGAAGGGUAACGAGAUAGACCUUGCUGAUAAACUGGAGACAAUGUUUUGGGAGAUAAUUGGUGACCUUGCUUUUGGGGAGCCAUUGAUGGCUGGGAAACGACCGACAUAUGAAUCCCUGAAACAGUUAGGCAAAGGAUCAAUGCCCAUGGUAGAAGCCUUGAGCUUCAUGCUUGUCAUGCCUGGCGUAGCUCCUGCGCUUGAGACAGCCAGAAGCCUUAUCUCAGCAAUGCCGAUUCCUUCUCAGCUUUCAAAGCUUGUCCCAUCCAAGAAACUACGCGAUUGCAUUGAUAGGCAGGAUGGCAGGGAAGAUUUCAUUUCGGCUAUCAUGGGCAGUGAAAAGCAAGGCUUGACGCUAGAUGCGGAUGCUUUCUUCAGUAAUGCAAUGGGUCUAACACUUGCUGGAUAUCAGACCACAGCUACGACGCUGGCGUCCACAUUCUACCAUGUCCUGCGCUACACAGACACUUAUGUUACUCUGUGUACUGAGAUACGCUCUAACUUCACCAACGAAGCCGACAUUACAGGCGAACGACUUGCACGACUACCGUUUUUGAACGCUUGCAUCCGCGAGACUUUGCGCUUGCUCCCACCAGCAAAUGGCAAAACGGCGCAACGCACCGCACCCUCUUGCACUAUAGCAGGAACAUAUAUACCCGCAGGUACCAUCGUCUCGGCUGACUUGUACACGAUUCAAAGGUCGCCAAAAUACUUUGUCGACCCCGCUAACUUUCGACCCGAGAGAUGGUUGGAGGGUGCGGAGGAGAACGGGUUCGAUGGAGACAAUAGGUCUGCCAGUCGUCCUUUCCUGAUUGGAAGUAGGGCAUGUAUUGGUAGGCACAUGGCACAGCAGAGCAUACGGCUCAUUAUGGCGAAAUUGCUAUGGAGGUACGACUUCGAGCUGCUGGAUCGGGAUGGGUUUAUCUGGGAACGCGAUGCCGGCAGCAGCCUCAUCUACACCGACUACAAACUUCCAGUGCGUGUAAAGAAAGUCUUAUGA